AUGGUAAUGAGUCGAAAGAAUACAGUGACACUUAGUAUAGAAGAAAUGAUUGUUGUUGUCUCAUAUUUCAAAAAUACUUACCUUUCUAAACAAGUGAUAUUUAUUAGUCGAAAAUAUAAACAUUUCUUUGAGUAUUUUAAAAUAAAUCCUAAUGAUAAUAUUUUAUAUUUUCCACGAUACACUUCACAACAAUUAUUUUCAAUUAAUUCUUUAAGAAAAGAAGGUAUGGUUCAAUGCAUACAGAAGUGUAAAGUAACACUUGACCAAUAUUUUUUGUUAAAGAAAAAUAAUAAUUGUUAUGAUGAAAUUAACACUGUUUAUUUAACAAAAACUGAUAUGAAAAAUAAAAUUUAUCUCCAACAAUUUCAAUCUUCUUUACAUUUUGUUAUUGAUAAAAAUUCUGGGAGUGAAUUAUCUCAAAAAUGUAUUAACCUUUGUAAUUCUAUUGUUGGUAUUGAUGAUUAUGCAUUUGCUUCUAGUCAAAUUAAUAAAAUUAUUAUUCCUAAUACAACUCGAUUUAUUGGUAAUGCUGCUUUUAUUGAUUGUACUUCUCUAACAUCAAUCCAUCUUUCAAAUACUUUAAAAAUUAUUCCAGAUAUGUGUUUUUAUAAUUGUUGUUCUUUAAAAAUAAUUCAACUUCCAUUAUCAUUAAUAGCCAUUGGAUCAAAUGCUUUUUAUAAUUGUAUUAAACUAGAAAAUAUAUUAGGUGAAAUACCUUACCUUAUUGAAAUUGGAUCAAAUGCUUUUUAUAACUGUCGUUUAUUAUCUUAUAUUUCUAUUUCUACUUCUUCAUCUUUAAAACAAUUACCUCAAAAUUUAUUCACCGAUUGUAAUUCACUAUCAUCACUUAUUAUUCCAAAUUCAGUUUCUUUUAUCUCAAAUAACGCCUUUGAAAGCUGUGGUAUUAUUUCUUUAAUUUUACCAUCUUUGUUAAGUUCUAUUCAACCUUAUACUUUCUCAAAUUGUUCUUCAUUAGAAAAAAUAGUACUUCCUUCUUUAAUUACAUCAAUUGGUGAUUUUGCUUUCAAUAAUUGUAUUAAACUAAAUACUAUUAAUCUACCUUCAUCUAUUAAUACACUAGGAAUAGGUACAUUUUUUCAUUGUAUUUCAUUAACUUCUUUACAAUUACCAAAAACAAUCACUUCAAUAGGAAAGUUAUGUUUUUGUGGAUGUUGUUUAUUAACUUCUAUAUCUAUUCCUUCUUCAAUAUCAAAAAUAAAAUCUUCUACAUUUCUUAAUUGUGAAUAUAUCAUGCAAAUAAAUUUAUCUUCUUUUUCUAUUAAAAAAAUUGGCUCUCAUUGUUUUGAAAAUUGUAGUGCAUUACGGUCAUUCUUUAUUCCACUAACUAUUAUUUCAUUAAAUAAUAAUGUUUUUUCAGGAUGCACUUCAUUAACAUAUGUUAAUAUUCCUUCAAGUGUUUUAAGUUUACCUAAUCAUUUAUUUGAAAAUUGUUAUCAUUUAAAAAAAAUUGAAAUACCAACAGGUAUUACUUCAAUUGGUACACAUUGUUUUUUUGGCUGUGCACACCUCAUAUCAUUUCAAAUACCAUUACUUGUUCAUCAAUUAACUGAUUAUACUUUUUAUGGUUGUAGUUCUUUAAAAUCUAUUAUAAUACCUACUUCAAUCACUUCAAUAGGUAUGUAUUGUUUUAGUAAUUGUACUUCUCUUAGUUCAAUAACAAUUCCUUCUUCAAUCAAUAAACUCUCAUCAAAUUGUUUUUCUAAUUGUUCUUCAUUAACUUCUGUUUCACUUGCUCCAACAAUCACAUCGUUUAGUAUUGACUGCUUUAAACAAUGCACUAAUCUUAAAUCUAUAAUUCUUCCUUCAAAAUUAAAAGAAAUUCCUGAUGGAUGUUUUGCUGGGUGUUCUUCUCUUACAACAGUUAAAAUCCCAAAAGGAGUAUCGUAUCAUGACAAUGUAUUUGAAGGGUGUUUGAAAAUGAAGAAAAAACGAUAA